AUGAAGGCGGGUUGUGCAGGAGACAAGAUCAAGUAUGCGAUCACGGCAUGCGGACAAGCCUUCGGUAUCAAAGUGGCCCGAGGUAUCUCACGUCGUACAGCAGGUCGCGCGAAGCAGGAGGCAGGUGUAUACGGUUUGAUGCAGCUAGGGAGGGAGAUCAGCAAUGCACCCGCUUUCGGAGAGAGUACAGAUGGUACCACACACCGCAAGAUUACGUAUGAAGCGAGGCACAUUACACUCGCUGUACCUAGUUAUGCUCCUGGUGUAGAUGAUUCCGACAAAUCAACUUGGACAUUUCGCACGCGAUUUGCAGAAGUUGCUCCUGUGCUCGAUCAUACUGCACAACGCCAAUUCAAGGGCUCACAGCAGCUGGCGGAGAAAAUCUCGCAGACCUAUAGCAACAGUCCUCUGGCCACUCGUGAAGGACAGUCUAUGGAAACUGAUAAUUGGAUACGCAAACAAGUGAUGCAGAACAUGGAUCAUGCAGUGGACAGGAAGAAGAAAUUCAAGCUGUGUCAAGAUUGGAAAGAGGACGUGACACGCCGUGACCUUGGGCGUGAACGGAUGGAUGUUCUGUCGUCGGCAGAGCUUGUGACGGCCAUAUGUUCUAUCUCGGCAGAUGACAUUUGCCAGGUUGCUGGUGAUGCAACAGAGUUGUCACUGGAGGAAAAGAGCAAGAUUAGGCUCAGACUACUAGAGAGGCAACUUGGUGACAUCUCUUUUAAUGAACUCCCCUCGACUCAACAACGUCUCAUUGAUCUCUUCAUCUUCAGUGGUUGUUGUGGCCACAAGGAUCUCAAUGCAUUCAAGUAUGGUGUUGUCGCGAUGGGAAUGAAAUGGGAGAACAUGGAGCUUCCACUGCCAGUCCUCCUUGCAAACAAGGCUAAUGAUGCUGUUAUCAAACUUGGCCAGAAUGCAGAUAGUGCCGCUGUGCAACGUGCUAUGGACUCCAGUGCUCACGGUGGCGUCAAGCUUACAGCUUUUGCAGGGGCACUCUUUCGACACAAGAAUGAUGACACAGGAGAUCAGGACUGA